CACAAAUCGGAAGGAUGGAAAAAAUUGAGAAAACAGCUGAUUUUCAUUAAAUCCUGAAAGCAAUUGAUCGUACUUAUAACUUUAUGAAAUAUUAAAUAAAAUAUGUCAUUAAAUACCGUGGCUGCUGCACAACAAACGGAAGACCCCGUAGAAUUUAUGCUCAAAAAAACAGGUUGUAUUGAAUUACAUUAUAAAGUGCAGGAGUGUAUUGCGGAAACCGGAGAUUGGCGGCGCUGCCAAGAGGUGGUUAAGGAGUUUAAACAGUGCAUGCAAAAAUACACAGACCAACAAAUGAAAAAGUACGAACAAUCAAAGUGAAACACCAACGUUUUUAAGUUUAUUUUAUAGAAAGUAGUAAUUAUGAUUAGAAAAGUCUUUAGUGCCCUUACAGCACCUCGUACAAAAUUAGUGUUAGUGGUGCGGGGUGAUUUAAAAAUGUCUAAAGGGAAAACUGCUGCUCAAUGUGCACAUGCUGCCAUUCUGUGCUAUCAACAAUCUCAAGAGUUAAGCAAAAAGCAGAAAUUGGUGGAAAGUUGGUCUCUUUCAGGGCAACCCAAAAUUGUGCUGCGGGUAAAUACACUAGAAGAACUUAAGCGUUUACAGGAUCGAGCAAAUAAUGCAGGGAUGGUCGCCGAGAUAGUAAAAGAUGCUGGUCGCACACAGUUGGAGGCUGGCACUGCAACAGUUUUGGGUAUUGGACCCGACAUUGAAAUUAAUGUAAACGAAUUGGUAUCACAUUUAAAAUUGCUGUAGCUUAAUUAACUACUGAAGAAAUAAAUUACUAAACAAUACCGACUAAGAAGUAAA